AUGGAGCCUUCCCCGUUUAACAGAAAACAAUGGACUUCUCAGUCUCUGAGAAUCACUGCGAAAGAGCUUUCUCUAGUCAACAAGAAUAAGUCAUCAGCUCUUGUGGAGAGAUUCUCCAAGUAUCAGAAAGCGGCUGAAGAAGCCACUGCUGAGAAAAAAAGAAGUAACACAGAAAAUCUUCCCCCCCAUUUUAAAAGGGGGAAUCUGAGUGUACUAAAGAAGAAGUGGGAGAAUCCAGCGCUGGGAGCGGAGUCUCAGAAGGAAACUCUACGAAGCAGCUGUGCUGAGGUUAGGCACAAGGUCGCCAGCCCCGGGCUCGGAGUCGGGAGCAGCCCUGCGCCUUCCCCAGACGAGGAGCAAACCCCGGGGGCUGGUGCUGCAUCUGACGCCCAGGCCCCUUCCAGCACCCCUGGCCAGCUGCAGUGUCCCGGAGCUGACCACAGAAGGCUUCAAAGCCACUCGCUGGAGAGCGGUAAAAUGGAAAACUGUCUGAGAGAGUCCAGAGAAGUGGAAAAGCCUGAAGCCAGCGAAAACAUGGACUCUUCGGGGAAGAUCGAGAAAUACAGCGUUCCGCUGAACAAACUCAAGAUGAUGUUUGAAAAGGGUGAAGCGACUCAGACCAAGGUCCCUAGAGACCAGAGGAAGACAGCAGUCGGCAGGAGGAUUUCCGAAAACAGCCUCUCUUCGGAGGACUUUGAUGUUGGCCAAGGAGAGAAGAGCCAUAGCACAUCAGAUAAGGCAGAGACCAAGAAAAGCCUGGAGAUGCCUCGCUUAACAGAAACUUCAAUAAAGGAUAGGCUGGCGAAGUAUCAGGCAGCUGUGUCCAAGCAGGGCAGUUCCACAGGCCUCAUUACCAUGAAUGAGAUUCAAGCCAGUGAAAGUGAACUCAAGAAUUACAAAUCUGAGCAGAAGGAGAAUAUGCCACCAAGUCUUGAGGACUCCAUUUCCUAUCAGGAUGGGGAGAAGGUUUCUGUAGGUGAGAACAGCUUGUCUUUCCACUCUGGUGUUCUAGAGGAUGGCAAUGUUGGACAAAACUUGGAGAGCAAGACAGAAGUUCAGAAACCUGUCAGCACAAAGCAGCAAAACUUUGGUUCUAAACCAGCUGGCCAGACAGAUGCAUCUCUGCCAAAAGCAGCGAAGAAAUUUCAGUUGCCGAUGAAGGAAACCUGUGUUGGGUGUCAGAAGACUGUGUACCCGAUGGAAAGGCUUUUUGCCAACCAGCAGGUGUUUCACAUCAGCUGUUUCCGCUGUUCCUAUUGCAACAGUAAACUCAGUCUUGGGACAUAUGCAUCUCUGCGUGGGAAUAUUUACUGCAAGCCUCACUUCAAUCAGCUCUUCAAAUCUAAAGGCAAUUAUGAUGAAGGCUUUGGACACAAACAGCAUAAGGAAUUAUGGGCAGGCAAAACUGAAUGUGAAGAAUCCCUGGAGAAAACUGUCCAUGGUGUAAAUGCAACAGAAAGUCCGCAAAGCCCAGGAGUGGAGGAUGCCCCAAUUGCAAAAGUAGGAGUUCUGGCAGCAAGUAUGGAAGCAAAAGCUUCAGCUUUGCCUGAAAGAGAAGAGAGACCAGCAGAAACCAAAAAGCUCAGGAUUGCCUGGCCACCUCCAUCUGACCAAAGUGUUCAAGGAAGUGCCUUAGAUGAGGGCAUCAAAGUACUCAAACCCAAAUGGCCCCCGGAAGAAGAGAUUUCCAAGUCAGAUGUGCUGGAGGAUGUGGAUCUGGAUCUCAGAAAGUUAAGAAGAUCUUCCUCGCUGAAGGAAAGAAGUCGUCCCUUUACAGUAGCAGCCUCAUUUAGAACAACGUCUGUUAAAGGCCAUAAAACUGAGAAUUCAUCUUCUUCUAAGGCAGAGAGAGACAUGUUGAAAAGAAGUGAGGAACUGGAGAAAGAGGUCAUGGUAGACAAAAAGCAAAAGGAAAAGAAGGUUGAGAAUAGGAACAUCCAGAGUGCUGAAGAGAAAAAUGUAGAAGAAGAACGGGAAUUGUCUGGUAUCAAAACAGUAGAGCAUAACUUUGUAGAAAAUGGCCAGGUGAAUGCAGAGACAGAUGAGGAAGAACAUGCUAUGGAAGAGCAGGAAAUUCCAAAUGAAGAAUUCCUUGAACCAAAUUCUCCUAAGCAUUCCAGCUUAGCCAAUGUCGUGACUGCUAAGGAAUCAUCUCCUAACCAGAAUCGCAAAUCCCAAGAUGUUGGUUUCUGGGACGGUGAAGAUAUGGAAGACCUAUCUGUGGAAGAACAGAUCAAAAGAAAUCGUUACUAUGAAGAAGAUGAUGAAGAAUAA